CCCCGUUACGCGCCCUUGGCCCUUGGUUUGUGAUUCCCUGCCAUCCCCUGUGACCCCUUGCCUAUCAAACCAAUCAAGGGCGCACCCCAACACUUGGAAACAGUCGCCGCCUUGAGAUGAUACAUGCCAUAGGAUGCAUUGUGCGAUUGUGGUGACGGCGGUACUACUCGAGUAUACGGAGUAGAGGAAACUCCCCAGUGCUGAUGAUUGUUAUGGCUUGUACGUAUGGCAGAGCAAAAUACAGGGCUGUUGUCAUGUGCAAAACCCCCCCAAAGUGGCGUGACGUGGGCUCAACUGCAUCGAAUCCAAACCCUCAAACAGCCGCCCCUCGAUACACUCGACGCUAUCGAUACAGAAGUGCCCCAGGCCCCACGCUUGCAAUCGUACAUCCUUCUGAACCGUCUGGUCUGUACCACUUCCCACGCCACCAACUUCUCCGACAUCUCCUUCCCCCUCCCUCCCUUCAAACUAUCGAAAAACGUGUCUACGAAAAUCAAAAUCCCAACUCGACUCUACAUGAACAGCUGCAGGAAAACCCCGACUGCAUAGCCCAGGCCCUCCACGACUUCUUGAAUUCUUCGUCUCUGCUUGCCCCUCGAAGAGCUGCAUUCCUCCCUUGCGCUCAUCCCACCAAUUGACACCAAAAUCCAACAUACAUAUCCCUUGGCCCCCUUGUCCCAACCAUCUCAACUACGCUCCCAAUCCGACCCUGAGUUUACGCGCCGAGUUCUACGCCCACUCUCGUUCUUGCCCAGCCAUGCCAUUUCACUCUUUGUAGAGCACUCAGAGCCGUGGCCCAAUCGACGUUCAUUACUUGACCGAUAGUCAGCACCAAUUUACCGGAAUCAAUAUCACGGGAAGACGCCGACAGACAGUGCAUGCAUAUCCGAACUAUCCAGCUUUGACAGAUAGCAUACAUACAGAGUGUACCGACCACCCCUUCAGUUAUCUGAUUGCGAAGUGCAGACAACGCGAGGGAGCCGUGAAGUAUAAUAGAGAGCUACGGCUGUGCGUUGCCUCAUACGCUGGUUGCUGCGCAGAGACAACAUACGAACCCAAAGCCGAAGCUUCGUUAAGCGGCGGACAAGAUGUCGUUAAAGCAGGAAAUCGAGACGUGGGUUUCCGCGCUGGCGAAUUACGAUAACAACGAGUUCGAUGAAGCAUUAAAGACUUUCGAUAGUAUUCCGGACACUUCUAAGAUUUUUUUCAACUGCGGAGUCAUCCAUGCGACGCUUGGAGAACAUGGGAAAGCCGUUGAAUGCUACCAAAGAGCCGUUCGGCUCGAUCAAUAUCUGGCAGUUGCCUACUUUCAACAAGGCGUAUCGAAUUUCCUCGUGGGAGACUUCGAAGAGGCCCUUGCUAAUUUUAACGACACCUUAUUGUACCUGCGAGGUAACAAUAUGAUCGACUAUGCGCAAUUAGGUCUCAUGUUUAAGUUAUAUUCCUGCGAAGUACUCUUCAACCGCGGAUUAUGCUACAUUUACCUACAACAAAAGGAGGCUGGUAUGCAAGAUUUCUCAUUUGCUGUGAAAGAGAAGGUUGUUGAGGAUCACAACGUAAUCGACGAUGCAAUUAGGGAAGAAGCCGAGGGUUACACGGUCUUCUCCAUUCCUGUUGGCGUCGUCUACAGGCCGAACGCAGCAAAGGUUAAGAACCUCAAGACGAAGGAUUACUUAGGGAAAGCGAGAUUAGUCGCGGCUUCUGACAGAGCGAACGCGUUCACUGGAUUUGCAGGCUCCGAGAUCAAAAACGCUGGAAAGAUGCCAGAUGCGAAGGAUGAUAGGCCUGCAGAGAAUCUCUCAUUUGCAGCUGCCAAUCUCGUCAAACCUGGCUUGUCAAGCAAGCGCCAACAAUCAGAGCCCCCUCUCAACAGAAAUGUGUUCCCGCCAACACCACCUCCUGAGUCGGACAGGAGCGCCUCUGGAUCAAGGUCAGGCCAACUCAGCAGAGGAGCCUCUGUUCGCAAUGGGGUCAAACCUGUGCCUGCAAAGCUUAACAUCGAGAAGGCCUUGCCACCGCAACGUUACGAGGUCCGUGAUGAGCGUGCAAGAAGGCCCGCUCCUGCUCGCGCGGCAUCAGAAUCACGAGGCCCAACAGUGAGACGAGAGGAAUCACGGAGAAGAGACCCACCACCAUCAACACGUAGAAAGAUGUCAGAUGAAGAGGAGGAGGGUGAAUACCCAGGGGAGCUUUAUGACAUGUAUCGGAACUCUCGAAGUUCUAAUGGGAGGAACAGACCCCAGCCACGAUAUAUCGAAGAGGAAGAUGAGGAUGGGAGCGACUACGUGGAUGACCAGUUUGAUGAAAAUGAUUUCGAGAUGCUCCCUGGCCGCCCUGCAGCACUCUCAUCUGGCCGAGGCUCCUCUCGGAGACCCGAUAUCCGCAAAGUUCGUGUCAAGGUCCAUGCAGCUGAGGAUACUCGCUACAUAAUGAUUGGAACCACAAUCGAAUUUCCAGACCUCGUGGAUAAAAUCCGGCAGAAGUUUGUUCUGCGGAAGCGAUUCAAGCUUAAAACCCGCGAUGAUGAUAUGCCAGAUGGAGAUAUGAUUACUAUGGGCGACCAGGAUGACUUGGAUAUGGCAGUAAUGUCUGUUAAGGCAAAUGCCAGGAGGGAUCGGGUUGAGAUGGGCAAGAUGGAUAUAUGGGUCCAGGAGUUGUCAUAAAGCAAAUAUCGGAAGGCGCCUUGAAGGCAACUCGAGCGCAAACAUGGCAGCAACUACAGCGUUUUCUUCUCUGCUUUGUAUUUGUCAUGUUGUUUCAGCGAGCCGCUCGGCAUAUAGAUUAUGAAUUGUAGUGUAGGCUAAAGGAUAAUGAGAUGCCACGUCAGUUGAGCUGGCCGGUGGAGACCAAAAUUGGUCUCACUAAUAAAAAUAAAAAUAAUCAAAUAGUAUUGCCAGCCAGAUUUGAGGUCAAUUCUACUCUAUUACACCACGG